CAUGACUGAUUAUCUUCAUGGGCACUAUGCAUCGGUCGACGGGCAAGGCAUCCAAAAUACGUCGUGAUCAGAUCAAUUCAGAAAUAGAAAUAUUACGGCAACUCUUACCACUACCAGUGGGUGCUAAAACAAGGCUUAGUUAUCUACAAGUUAUGUCGCUAGCGUGUGUCUUCAUCCGCAAGGGAAACUUCUUUUCUUCGGUUUCACCAGCACAUGGAGAGUAUAGAAGAUCAGCGAUUCACACUCCGUCACUUUCUACAAUUGAGAUAGCCCAGGCUUUACCAGGAUUCUUACUUAUAGUUCGACCCUCUGGAAAGAUUCUUCAUGUGUCUGAAAACGUCAUCGAUCACCUAGGCCAUUCCAUGAUAGAAAUCUUAUCUGGUGGAGGAGAUGUAUAUGACUUGGUUGAUGGGGGUGAUCAUUUCCAUCUAGAGAAACAUCUUAACACUGCUAGAGAUAAACACUUGUCUAUACCAGGUUCACGACAUUCCUUUGUGUGUAGGAUGGUCAUGUCUCGUUCUUUACGCAAGAGAAUUCCAUAUCAAGGAACGGAGUGUAAGCCUUUUCACAUAGACGGUCGAUUCCAUUCUUCAGAAGGGGAUGUGAUGUGUGAUGGUGUGUUCAUUGCCCUGUGUACUCCUGCAGACACUCGUACCCCAAUCUUCCAAUCACAUUCAUUGGAUUCAUCCGUUAUUGAGUUCACCAUGAAACAUACCUUAGAUAUGAGGAUUACUGACUCGUGUAACAUGGCCUGUCUUAUUCUUGGAUACUCUAGCAGAGAGCUAUAUAGGCUUCCAUGGUAUGACCUCAUUCGCCCUGAAUAUUUAUUGAUUGCUGAAGAUUUUCAUCAACAGAUUUUAAUGAUGACGUCAUUGAGUGAAAUCCAGUGUUAUACCAAACUCCAACUCUUGACCAAAGAAAACCAGUCAUUAUCUACUCACAUCACGGCUCGUUUAAUAACUUCAGAGAGUACAAGCCCACUGGUGUACACCGUUUUGUGCAAGUACUGCAUCUAUAGAGGUAAUACUGAUUCCAGUCAUCUCUAUCAAAAUCGUUUAUCUGCUGAUCAGAAUGUGAUAGGCUCACGAAAACACCGAAGUGGCUGCAUUCCAUCGUCGCAUUACUACAAAGAAAGAAAAUCAAACAAGAAUAUCGAGUUUGAAGAACAGGACCAGGGACAUCGUAGCAGAAAUACCAAUGAGUCUCCUUACUCUUUGGUAAGCGGGAUGUUGGAUGGAUUGCCUCAGUCGGUGUUCGUUAGAACCAACUUUGUUUCAGGACACCAUAAUGAACAAACGCAACAUGGGAGAGCGUCUGCAGUCAUCCAGCACGAACAAUCUGAAUUUUCUACAAGAGAGCAGUAUCAGCAGAAUCCUUGUGGAUCUUCUGGAACUUUACCACCAAGGAGAGUAUCACCGCAACAUGGCAGAAGUAAGAUACGUACAAAAAUCAACAAAACUGCACGAGAGGAACCUUACCCAAGGAUAAUACCUAGUAUUCCCAUGAACAAUGGUAACGGAUGUGGUGGCUACCUUGAACGUCUUCAGGGGACUGUUGAUUUGACCUGUGUCUUUGGUCAGAAGGACACCUACAAUGCCCAUGGAACUAUACGCUUUCGAUCGUCGCGAUGUUCGCUAGCAGAACUACGAAAAAGUUCUGAGAGAAAUGAGCUAGCGACAAGUAGCAUGACAGAAACUGCCAACAGUGAACCAUUUUAUGAACUAGGCAAACAUUUUAACUCUAACAUGUCUAGUGCCUAUUCAUCAUAUUUCAAUGAAUCUAUGAUUUAUGAAAAUUGCACUACUUCACGCCAGCAUGUGGAUUCAACACACUUACAAUGGUUAGGUAAAGUACAAGAUAACAGAAUAUCAAAUUUGAGUUCCUCUGGAAGGUCAAUUUCAUCAAAAGAAAGUUUAGGAUCUAACUGGACAUGGAAACGGCAUCGCAAUCGUAGUGCUGCUCAAGAACCUCAUAUGGAUUUCUUCAUCUUUCCAAGAGAAGAUAAUGAAGGACGAAACGAAAAAUACCAUGCUCGACCUAAUUCUUGUGGUAUGCGAUCAGUAGAAGAGAGUGUGGCAGCAGCUUUUGAGUGUUUAUCAAAUGAACAGAUUAAACUCCUUGAUGAGGCAACGUGUGAAUUGUCUGAAACGUCGCCAUAUAUGAAAUCAUGAAAGGGACAUAAUGACUUCAGUAUGAAUAAUGAUGCUGCAUAUUGCGAUCAACCAGCUUUCAUAUGCCAUGUUUUUUCGUUGGUGCAAAUUGCCGAUUCUUUUCAUAAAUAGUAUCAACAUCAGUAAAGGAAAAGAGAAAAUACCAUUUGUAUGUGUCUAAGGGUAAUGAUGGAGUAAUGGUUAUCAUUGUGAUCGCAUUAUCCAUCCAGGAGCACACGUAAUUUAAAUAUCGACCCGGGAAUAUCGAACACUGUAAAUAUGAAAAUUGGUAUUUAUGUAUUGUUGUGGUAGCUAGGUCGUGUUGCGCACAUGUGAGGCUCGUGACCCACAAAUCCCAGGGUCGGUUGAAACGUUAGUAUGAUUAAAAAAUCCCUACGUACCCUAUACUUACACUGGAUGUAUGUCAGGUCGUUCACAAUUUUGCAUCAUAGCCGUUUAAGAUAAGAAUUAAUUUCCAAAAAGAAGGACGUCGAGUAAUUACAUGUACGUGCUCCAAUAUCAAACUCUGGCUACGGCCUUAGUGCCCUCGUGGUAAUGCCAUUCUUAUUUUUAAUAGGAAACCCCCAUUUAUCAAUUAUAUAUAUAUAUAUAUAGCUGUGGUUACAACAUACAUUUAAAAAAAACUACAUUCCUGCAGUUCAGUUUUCAAAAAGUUCACAUAAAGAAAAGAAAUGGGGGCACAUGAUUUAUACCAUUUAUUUAUUGAAUUUGGUUAUCUUAACCAUAAUUGCAUUGUGCCAACCUAUUAUGGGAAGCGUCUUCCCCAUUUUUAAAAUGACCACGUUUUUGUUUUAUGUGGGUUUGGAGGUUUUACUUUUUACUAUUACUGCUGCAGUCUUCAUAAUGACAUAAAUAAAAUCUGAAAAUUAAAGCGUGUUAAACUUUUGCUUUAUAACGUAUUUUAGAAUUUUACGUGCAAAAACAAAUUGACAGUCGACUGACAAACGUGUACCCCAAUAUGUUUCGGCGAAAUGUCUGAACUUUAUUCCUAAUAUUUUUUAUAAUCAAUAGAUUUAGGUCACACACCUAUUGUUAGGAAGGUAGUGGCAGAAAAUAUUACGAAACUUUCUGCUUACAUGUAGCAGAUGGUUAAAAAGAAGACAAGGAUGAUCAUGAGGAAAAAAAAUGAGCGAUGAAUUAAAAGACAUGGGGCUAAGGCGGGAAAAUGAGAAAUACAAUUCCUUUGUAAAAAUUCAUGUCGAAUUUUUUAACGAAGUAAAUCGUUUUAUAAAUGAAUUAAUGUUUUUACUUUAUUUGUAGUUUCAUUUUGAAAUGAAUUGUACGUUCAUGUUGCGUCUGUAGCUGGUAAAGACUAUGUUUAUCAUUCAAUAUUACAUGUAAAUUCACUUCACCCUCUGUUCUUCGUCUAUUUUCUUACCACUAUUCAUACUCCUACAGUAAAGGAUGGUUUGCAAAUUGUACCUAUAAUAUUACGACCUCGAACUUUUCGUGUAAAUUUUGACUGAAACUAGGUUUGUAGGCUUGCCUUUUAUACAAGCCUUUUUUUUUAGCAAGCCCUCCGUUUUACUUUGAAAUACAAAAAUCAUCUAAGGUUAUUCUAUUUUUUUAAUUCUGUUCCUUAAAUCUAUAAAUAU